AUGUCUUUUGAGUCCACCACAUUUGAGAAAGUGGUGAGGAGGGUAGCUGCAGAAUGUAAGGGUCUACCGAUUGCUUUGAUAGCAGUUGCGAGGGCACUCGGAGAUAAGGACCUGGCAGAAUGGGAGAAAGCAGCACAACGACUAGAGAAGUCGCAAAGUGCCAACCCUGACCACGAGGAAGAUGCAUUUAAAUGUAUAAAAUUAAGCUAUGACUACUUGAAAGAUGAGGAGUACAAGUCAUUCUUCUUACUCUGUUGUUUAUUCCCAGAAGAUCAUGAAAUCAUAAUAGAAGACUUGUUCAGGUAUGCAAUCGGUAUAGGAUUGUUUCGAGAUGCCGAGACAAUAUAUGAAGCGAGAGGAACAGCAUAUACAGUGGUAAAGUAUUUGAAAGAUUCUAGCUUGCUUUUGGAAAGUGGUCUACAUUACCUACCAUAUAGAUAUGUAAGGAUGCAUGAUGUCGUCCGAGAUACAGCCCUGAAUAUUGCAAAAUCUGAAGGUGGGCAUCGGUUUUUGGUAAAAGCUGGAUGUGGUUUAGAUGAUUGGCCAAGUCGAUUAGACGAAGGCUGCACUGCUAUUUCACUAAUGCGUAAUCGUAUACGGAAGCUGCCCCCACAGAUGGUAUGUCCAAAACUCCAGAUUUUGUUAUUGAACCAAAAUCUCCGUCUAAGAGAGAUCCCAGAAACCUUUUUUCAGAGUCCGAAUGAAUUAAGGGUCUUAGAUCUUAGCAGGACUGGUAUUUCAUAUCUACCCCAAUCAUUUGGUCUCCUAACCAACCUUCGAGCUCUUUAUUUAGAUUUUUGUGUAAACCUAACGGAUAUUUUUGUGGUUGGAAAAAUUAUGACGCUUGAGUUUCUUAGUGUGAAAUACACUCAUUUAAUGGAAUUACCGAGAGAAAUAGGAAAUUUGACCAAUCUAAGGGUGUUGGAUAUCACCGGUGGAACGAUUCCAUCCAAACUGUUAUCAAAGUUGCAUAGUCUAGAAGAACUCUACAUGGAAAAUCCAUUUGAUGAGGAAGGGGAUGAAACCAAUUCUGCCUUUGAUGAGGUAACUGGCUUGUCAAAAUUAAGAAUUCUGCAUGUUUGGAUCUCCAAUGAAGAAUGUAUCCCCAAACUUGUUGAACUCAAUCCGAAUUGGGUCGGGUUUUUUAUAUGUAUCGGCGAAUAUGAAGAAGGGCUAACCGACGUAUAUGAGUCUGGUCAACAUGGUGAUAUUGAUCAGAGGACCAUAUUCUUGAAACUUGACUCGAUCAGUAACUUCCCGGACUGGUUUUUCAACACGGUGAUAAACAAAGCAGAGAAGCUAUGGUGGUAUGAUUGCCCACGUACUGGUUUAAUCGACGUUUUUGUGGAAUAUGAGAGGGGAAGGUUACAUAGUCUGAAGCAGCUCAAAGUACAUGGUGAGGACGAUGAGGACGAUCUAUAUGGUACGGACGAUGAAGACCUAUAUGGUACGGACGACGAGGACGACCUGAUGAACACAUCAACAUGGGUUCCAAAAGGUAUUCCCAAGAAAAAACAUGGGUUCCAAAAGAACCUCUGUUCGAGAACUUGGAAGAGUUAUAUCUGCGUAGGCUGGAUUGCGCGGAGUUAUGUGCUGUUGAAUUUCUACAACCUGGGUCUCUAUGCAAUUUGA